AUGAGCAGCGAUACGCCAGCAAGGGGCUUCAACAUUCCCUACACCUUCGACCCUUCGUCCAACGGCAGUAUUGCGCCCACCGUCAGCUCCGGCGCGUCCAAGGCGAGCGCAGUGCAGGAUAGGCUUAUUGUAGGAGUCGACUUUGGCACUACGUAUAGCGGUGUUGCGGCAGUAUACAGUGCGACACCAGAAGAUGUGGACAUAAUCAAAACAUGGCCUGGAGGCAAUGGCAUAACCUCUGACAAGGUCCCCACCGAAAUCGCCUACGACAUUCCCAAGGAAUCCAAUGGCACCGCUUCCGACGCCGACAGCAACAAGCCAAGGGCUAUAAAAUGGGGGUUCCAGUUCAAGCCCGAAGAGUCCAGGCUGCGAUGCAUAAAGCUGUUCCUCGACCGGAACCAGAAACUCCCCCACUUCGUCUCUCCUCUCGACACGGCCGCUCAAUUGAGGAAAUACGAGCGUACUGUUCACGAUGCUGUUUCAGACUACCUCACACAGAUAUAUAAGCACACCAUGGACACCUUGACACGUAGAUAUGGCGAGACCUUUAUGAGCAUGACAAAAGUGGAGUUUGUGCUCACUGUUCCUGCAGUAUGGUCAGAUUCUGCCAAAGACGCGACGCUGAAGGCAGCAGAACGAGCGGGCAUGGGCAACAUUCACGAUUUGAAACUAAUCUCGGAGCCGGAAGCUGCGGCUGUGUAUACACUAAAAGCGAUUCAGCCUAAUCACUUGAAAAUAGGGGACAACUUCAUUGUUUGUGACGCUGGUGGUGGCACUGUAGACUUAAUCGCGUACAAAAUCACAAAGCUAUCACCCCUCCAAGUCGAAGAGUCAGCCGUGGGAACCGGUGGCCUCUGCGGCUCAGCAUUCCUCAACUACCGCUUCGAGGACCAUGUCAAGAGCCGCAUCGGCGAAGAGCGCUACAACACGAUGCGCGAAAAGAAAGCGAAGACCUGGAACAUGGGCCUCAAGUACUUCGAGGAGUUCGUCAAGCGCAACUUCAACGAGGACGAGCAUGCGGAGGUCAAUGUCCCCUUUCCUGGUCUGCCAGACGACGAGGAAGCCGGGCUCGACUCUGGCUUCCUCGUCAUGUCAGCCGAACAAGUCAAAGAGAUCUUCGAGCCCGUUGUAAAGGAGGUCAUAGAUCUAGUGGAAGGCCAGGUAAACACAAUACGACGCAAAGGGGGCGUCGUGUGUGGAAUCGUGCUGGUCGGUGGGUUUGGACAGAGCAACUACUUGUACAGCAAAAUGAAGGCGCACUUUAACACUGCGCCUCCGCCACCGUACACGGAGAGACCAACGCAUGCAGCGGCCCUCAACGCACCCCAGACAAUUGAAGUCAUGCAUCCGAUGUAUGCUUGGACAGCAGUUGUGAGGGGUGCCGUGCUGAGAGGUUUGGAGGGAAGCAUGGUUCAAAGCCGACGGAGCAGAUGGCACUACGGAACAAGCUACGCCACAGUGUUUGACGAGGCACGGCACCCGAUCAGCGAUCGCUACUGGAGUCCGCUUUGGGAGCGGUGGAUGGUCAGUGACCGAAUGCAGUGGCAUAUCGCAAAGGGCGCGCAAGUUUCUGAGUCUCAGCCCAUCUCUUUUCACUACACUCGCAACUUCCGCCCCGGCCAGUCCCUAGUAGUCGAAGACGACCUUAUCGCUUGCGACGCUGACACUGCGCCGGACUCGUACCAAAAGGGCCUCAUUAGCGUCUGCACGCUCACCACUGAUCUGAACACCGUGCCGAAGUCGCUGUUCACGCGGCUGACCACGACGAAGGGAGUUGAGUUUGACAACCUGGACUUCAGUCUAGACAUGCGCAUCGACAGCGCAGGGCUGGUCUUUGAGCUCAAGGUGGAUGGCGUGAGAUAUGGGGCUGUGUCGGCGAAGUUUCAUUAG